CAGGACAACGUGCACCGGCCGUCGUGGCAGGCGCAGAUCCGCGGCUCGAAGCGCUGGCGGCUGCACCCGCCGCCCGAGUGUGAGCACGUCUGCCGCCCCUUCACAGUGGACAUCCACCGGGGCCAGAUGUUUUUGCUGGACACGAACCAAUGGUACCAUGGCACCGAGGUGAUCGGCGAUGAGAUGUCCAUCACUAUCGGGUCCGAGUAUGACUGAGUAAUGUGACGAGGUAUCCAUCACUAUGGGGUCCGAGUAUGACUGAGUCGUGUGGCGAGGUAUCCAUCACUAUGGGGUCCGAGUAUGACUGGGUUGUGUGACGAGGUAUCCAUCACUAUCGCUCCUUGGUGUCACCGGGUCGUGACUCAGCACUGCAAACAGACACAAAGCACCUAGCCUUUCGGCGCUAGCUGUUGAGAUCUGAACGCCCACACAGCACAAAUGCUGCUACUGAGCGCUUACAAUUCUAGGCGGGUGUUGUGUGUCCAUGAUGAUGCUGUGAUGCCAAUAAUCGGUCCGGCUGAGGUUUAGUUAGAUGUGGUCGAGCCUCCACGGCCUUUACCACAUUAACUGUGUCGUAAUAUGCGUUGUGGAAGCAGCAGACGUAUUUUGUGCUUUGAUGCUGCUACUUAGUCAUGUUUGCCGUAACCUCUACCAAGACUUGGUUUCCGUUAGUGGGUUGUUUUGUUUGUGUCUUGUUUUAUAAUGUUGUUGGUUGAAUCAGGCAUGGAUAUCGUAAGUCUGCAACAUUUGCUCGUUCAAAGCAGCAUCCCUGAGUAUUCACGAGAGUCGACGUCAGGCUCCAUCACAGGCUUGAUACCUGCUUCUGUGGAUAUUUUGGUGCAUGGUGGCCAUGCCGUAAGUGCGCACCUCUCACGAUUACUACCAUAGCGGAAAAGCAAGUCAAUGGACGUAGCGCAACGUUUUUGUUAAUGAUAGGCCACCCGUAGCAAGCACUUCCGACAUGCCCACUCGUAGCGCUGGGAUGUUUGUUGUCUGUGUCUCGUGUUAUGCCAAAGAACAGCGUCCUCCGUCGCGAAGACGCUCCCGAGCUUCCGCCGAUACUUUGUAUUGUCGCGCCCGGUACGGCACCGAAGAGCGGCGCAUUCUCAUUGUGAUAACGCACCAGAGCUUCCCUGGUACUAUGUAUUACCUCGCUCCUGUAAUGGCCAAAGAGCGACGUGUUCGCCUAGAGAUGUCUCAGCAGAGCUUCCGCUGUGGUUGUCCGUUGUAUUUCCGCGUCGCUGUAGGUGUUGCCACGCCGUCUGAUGCAAAGAGAUGACUUUACGAUGUAAUAAUACACCAGAGC